CCAAAUCCAACAAGCCUGGGGAGCACUGCAUUCUUGAAUCCUGCAUUUUCUCUCAAAAUGAUGGUGUGGGCACUUCUGUUCCUCUCUCUCAUCCAGUGUUCCACCCAAAAGGGAGAUGAUGAUUAUGAAGAUUACACUUCAAAUAAGACUUGGGUUUUGACUCCCAAAGUCCAUGAGAGUGAUGUCACUCUUAUUUUAAAUGGCUUGCUGGAAGGAUAUGACAACAAGUUGAGACCUGACAUAGGAGUUAAACCAACAGUAAUUCAUACUGACAUGUAUGUAAAUAGCAUUGGGCCCGUGAAUGCUAUCAAUAUGGAAUAUACAAUUGAUAUAUUUUUCGCCCAAACGUGGUACGACAGACGUCUGAAGUUCAACAGCACUAUAAAAGUGCUCAGAUUAAACAGCAACAUGGUUGGGAAGAUCUGGAUACCAGAUACAUUUUUCCGAAAUUCCAAGAAAGCUGAUGCUCAUUGGAUAACAACUCCUAAUAGGAUGCUGAGGAUCUGGAAUGACGGCAGAGUGUUGUACACAUUGAGGCUGACAAUUGAUGCUGAGUGUCAGCUACAGUUACACAACUUCCCAAUGGAUGCCCAUUCCUGUCCCCUGGAAUUUUCAAGCUAUGGCUACCCAAGAGAAGAGAUCAUUUACCAAUGGAAGCGCAGCUCAGUGGAGGUGGGGGACACGAGGUCCUGGAGGCUUUACCAGUUCUCCUUUACAGGAUUAAGAAAUACAACUGAGGUGGUGAAGACUACUUCAGGAGACUAUGUAGUCAUGUCUGUUUACUUUAACCUGAGCAGGAGAAUGGGUUAUUUCACUAUUCAGACCUACAUUCCCUGCACACUUAUUGUUGUGUUGUCCUGGGUCUCUUUCUGGAUUAAUAAGGAUGCAGUUCCAGCCAGAACAUCACUGGGUAUUACAACUGUCCUGACAAUGACCACCCUAAGUACAAUUGCUCGUAAAUCUCUUCCCAAAGUCUCCUAUGUGACAGCAAUGGAUCUUUUUGUGUCAGUCUGCUUUAUUUUUGUUUUCUCUGCACUGGUGGAAUAUGGAACUUUGCACUACUUUGUCAGCAACAGAAAGCCAAGCAAGGAUAAAGACAAAAAGAAGAAAAAUCCCCUUCUUCGGAUGUUUUCCUUCAAGGCACCUACAAUUGACAUCCGGCCUCGAUCAGCUACUAUUCAAAUGAACAAUGCUACACACCUGCAAGAAAGGGAUGAAGAAUACGGGUAUGAGUGUCUUGAUGGCAAGGACUGUGCCAGUUUUUUUUGCUGCUUUGAGGAUUGUCGAACAGGAGCAUGGAGGCAUGGAAGAAUACAUAUCCGCAUUGCCAAAAUGGACUCCUAUGCCCGCAUCUUCUUCCCAACUGCCUUCUGUUUGUUUAACCUGGUGUAUUGGGUAUCAUACCUUUACCUUUAA